GGCGCAGUUCUUUUUAUCAGUCGAUCAAACACCGUUUGUGCGCGCUCUUCAAGUGACGGAUAAAAUAUAUUAUUACUCACACCGCAAACGAACUAAUACUUAAAGAAAGGAAAACAAUAUUCAACGAAAAUGUUGCUGCGAUUCCUGAGACGUCGGCAUUGGGUUUGCCAUUAACAGGAAAACUACAAAAAAAACAAAUAAAGUUGCCAAACAAAGUUGGGCUAUAAAUUUUUCAAUCAUUUAGUAUUGGAAAGUUUGUUUAAUUUUUUGCGUGCGAUUAACUAGUAAGCCAGCCAGCAAACCAGCCGAGCCAAAAGCAAGUGCUUUAAAAAAUGCAGCGCGCAUUUUUGCGCGUUUUAAUUGCAACCUGCAAAAAAAACCAAAAAAAAAAAGACCAAGCAUCGUCUGAGCCGUCAACUAUAUACAUAUAUUGGCAAUACCAACAACCAUGGAGAAUCUUGGCUAUAAGGAGGGCAGCACAAAACCGCGUCGCAUGACACGUUCCAUCAGUGUCGUUACCAAGACCGAAGUGGAACAGCCGCUCAAUGAGAAUAAUGCAAAUAACCGUUUCAAAUCGAUUCCACCCAAUCUGAUGGUGCGAUGGCGCAACACAACUGACGCCAUGAUCGAAGCCCAGUAUCCGACAGCUGGUGAAUUCGAAUACAUGGAGUGUGGUCCAUCACCGCCGGCGGAAAGUGCGCCGAGCAUGUACGAUAGCUUCGAGGAGCCGACCAGUGAGCUAAGCGUACAAAUAUGCAAUGAUACGCUACGUAUUAGCCUUAUAGAUCAGAUGAAAAGUUCUGCUGGCCGUGUCCGUUUCUUUGAGGAUAUCGAACAGGGCAAUGUGAUAGCUGAGAAUACGAAAACACACUUUGAGUCGGCCUCGAAACUGGAGAAGAAUCUCAGUUAUUUGUGGUCAGCAUUUUUGAAACGUUGGGAUCUAAUCGAAAGUUUGCUGGACGCAGGAGCCGAUCUAAGCUUUUGUGAUCAAAAUGGUAUAUCAGCUCUGCAUUUGGGUGCAUUCAGCGGUUGUCUGGCCACAUUGGGUUUGCUGGUGGCCAAGGGAUUGAAUGUGAAUCUACAAUCGAAAUGUUAUACACCAUUGCAUUGUGCGGCCUUUGGCAAUGCCUCGGAGGCGGCCAAAUUUCUAAUCAAUAAUGGUGCCGACAUCACAAAGGAUACUAAUAAACCAAAUUGUGAGGAGAGUUUACUCCAUUGUGCUGUCCGUUCGAAUGCUUUGGAAUGUCUGCAGAUUUUCAUUAGCGAAGGAGCAGAUGUGAAUUCAUUAAAGCCAAAUGGCACAAAUGCCAUACACUUGGCCGCCGACUUGGGUAAUAUUCAGUGCCUGGAGACAUUACUCAAUGCCCCGGGAGCUGAUGCCAAUGUCCGUAUUUGCAUACGUGAAAAGGAGUCGACAGCUCUGCAUUUGGCUGCCGAUGAGGGCAAUGUUGAGUGUGUGGAUCUAUUGUUGUCCAAGGGAGCCGAUGCCAAAUUGAAGAAUCAUCGAGGUUUCACUCCAUUGCAUUUGGCAGCUCGCACCUCCAGUCUGGAGUGUGUAGAGUCUUUGCUACGGAAUGGCAAUGCAGAUGCCAAUGCCGAGGAUUUCGAUCAUCGUACACCGCUUCAUGCGGCAGUGGGUAAAUCGGAGAAUGCCUAUGACAUAAUGGAGACACUUAUUCAAUGGGGUGCCAAUGUGAAUCAUAAGGACAUCUAUGGAUUCACAGCACUCCAUUUGGCCGCUCUGGAUGGCUUGGUGCAGUGUGUGGAAAUGUUGAUAUUCCAUGGAGCUGAUGUAACAACCAAAUCGAAGAAGGGCACCUCAGCCUUAAAUGUCAUCACACGCAAGACACCCGCUUCGGUGGCCAUGAUUAGACAGAAAUUGGAUGCAGCCAUCACAUUGCAUCACUCACAGGAUCCUGUUAAUCGUGAAGUGGAAUUGGAGUUGGAUUUUCGUCAACUUUUGCAGCAUUGUCAUCCACGGGAAAUAAGCUAUCUGAAUACAUUUGUGGAUGAGGGGCAAAAGGAGAUAUUAGAGCAUCCGCUAUGCUCUUCCUUUCUCUACAUCAAAUGGGGCAAAAUACGUAAAUACUAUAUUGGACGUUUGAUCUUCUGCUUCAGUUUUGUCCUCUUCCUAACGCUCUAUGUGCUGACGGCACUGGCACACAAUUGUUACAAUGGCAGCAAGGAUGAUAAUACAACGAUUCAGGCACAGGAAUUGUGCCAAAAGCAAUCCAUAUUGGGUGAUAUGUUGCGCAACAAUCCAUUUGUCAUGGAAAUGCAAUGGUGGGUCCUGGUGGCCAUCACCAUUGUGGAGAUAUUUCGAAAAUUGUAUGGCAUCACGGGAUAUUCAUCAUUUCGACAUUAUGUGACGCAAGUGGAGAACAUUAUGGAAUGGUUUGUGAUCACCAGUGUCUUUGUCAUAUCGUAUAUAUAUACGAAACAGACAUACACAUUCCAGAAUCAUAUUGGAGCCUUUGCCGUACUCUUGGGCUGGACGAAUUUGAUGUUAAUGAUCGGUCAGUUGCCAGUGUUUGAUGUCUAUGUGGCCAUGUAUACACGGGUGCAAGGAGAAUUUGCCAAACUCUUUAUGGCUUAUUCGUGUAUGCUGAUCGGUUUUACCAUUAGUUUUUGUGUCAUAUUUCCAUCGUCGUCAUCGUUUGCCAAUCCCUUUAUGGGUUUCAUUACGGUCUUGGUCAUGAUGAUUGGGGAACAGGAUUUAUCACUUCUUAUUAACGAUCCAGAUGGUAAAGAUCCACCGUUUUUACUGGAGGUCAGCGCACAGAUAACAUUUGUGUUGUUUUUGCUAUUUGUCACCAUAAUUCUAAUGAACUUACUCGUGGGCAUUGCUGUCCAUGAUAUCCAGGGGCUAAAGAAGACAGCUGGCCUGUCCAAGCUGGUGCGUCAAACGAAGCUAAUUAGUUAUAUUGAAUCUGCCCUAUUCAAUGGUUAUCUGCCCACUUGGUUGCGUAAUCUCCUACACUAUACGGCACUUGUAUCGCCGCAAGCCUAUCGUGUGGUCCUAUGCGUUAAGCCCCUCAAUCCCAGCGAGAAACGUUUGCCACGCGACAUCCUAAUGAAGGCUUAUGAAGUGGGCAAAAUGCGUAAACAUUUCGGUCACACAGUCAGCUCGAAAGAUCCGGCUGAGAAUUAUCUAUCGUAUAAGAAUAAGUAUAAUAAUAAUAAUGGCUGUGCCACUACGGCUUAUGUUCUACCCGAUCCUGAUCCCGAGGCAGCGCAAUUCACCACACUGACCACCAAGAUCGACGAUAAUGCCGAUCGCAUAGAGUUCCUCACCCAGGAAAUUCAGGAACUGAAGCAGGCUUUAAUAUCGCAACAGCAGCAGGCUAGCAAAGUGAUUGAUAAAUUAUUAAUAGUAAUUUCCAAUCAACAGAAGCACAAUUUGCGCAAAUAGUGGCCAAAAAUUAUAGCAUUUAGUUUAGCAAUUGAUAUUAUACUAUACAUGAUCAUUCGAUCAUAGUUUUUAGAUCACAAGUUAUAUAUCUUGUAAGUGUGAAAAUGGAAAAUAUUGUUGAUAUUAUACAAAGUAGCAGCGAGUUGUAGUUAACAUAUACACAAAAACAAAAAGAAACAUUUUGAUAAUGAAGCGCAAGGCGCCCUAUUCAGAUACUAUAUAUAUAUAUAGCCAUAUGCAUACACCAUACUAUUAUUAUAAAUAUACCUAAAACUAUUAUCUAUAACUUAGUCAAUUAGUUACAUUAGAGGCGAAGCAGUUGGCAGGUUUGUUUUGUGGCUGGUUUUAGGCUGUGUCUUUGUUGAGAAGAGUUAUUAAUUUUAAAGAGAUUUAUAUAUUGAUUAAUAA